GCGUGUAUAUAUGUCUUUUGAUUAGAUAUGUAAGCAGAGCAAAAUCACACAUUUUUAAACACAGACCAUUUCAAGCACUAUCGUAUUGAGGAAAAAAAUUCCAUUGUCAUUGUUGUUCAAUAGUAGUAUCAAUUGAAUUGUUCAUUUAAAGAUUGCAAAAAAAGAACGAAAUAACAAUCAAAAUAUCGAAUUGAAUUGUGAAAAUAUUCAAAAUAAAAAAAUAUGUCAGACAUUCCAGAGAAUGCAGCUGAACAUUGUCCGGGUACACAAAGUGAUGAUGCUGGUAAAUCAUCGGCAUGUGCCGGUUGUCCGAAUCAAAAUGUGUGCGCAUCGGGCGCAACAAAAGGACCCGAUCCAGCCAUUGAAUUGGUAAAACAACGACUAGCUGAAGUGAAAAAUAAAUUGCUUGUAGUGUCGGGCAAAGGUGGUGUCGGUAAAAGUACGGUCACAUCAAUGUUGGCUCGUUCCAUUGCACUACGAUAUCCCGAAAAGAAUUUUGCUGUGUUGGACAUUGACAUUUGUGGCCCAUCACAGCCACGAAUGUUCGGCGUUUUGAAUGAACAAAUUCAUCAGUCCGGUUCGGGUUGGUCACCGGUUUACAUUGACGAUAAUCUAUCAUUGAUGUCGAUUGGAUUUUUACUUGGUAGCCAAGAUGAGGCCAUUAUUUGGCGAGGACCAAAGAAAAAUGGAAUGAUUCGUCAAUUUUUGAGCGAAGUGGAUUGGGGAAAAUUGGAUUGUUUGAUCGUCGACACACCGCCUGGUACAUCUGACGAACAUUUGGCCGCCAUUAAUUAUCUGAGUGAAACCGGGAAUUGGGGUGCCGUUGUGGUCACCACACCACAAGAGAUUUCAUUGUUGGACGUGCGGAAGGAGAUUAAUUUUUGUAAAAAGGUUAAAAUGCCAAUUGUUGGUGUCAUUGAAAAUAUGAAAGGUUUUGUAUGCCCAAAGUGCACCGUUAAAUCGGACAUUUUUCCAGCAACAACUGGUGGCGCUGCACAAAUGUGCAACGACAUGAAUAUUGAUUUAUUGGCCCAAUUACCACUUGAUCCACAAAUAACACGGGCCUGUGAUCAAGGCACAAAUUUUAUCGAAGAAUAUGCCAACUCCGAUGCGACCAAAGCUUUAAACAAUGCCGUCGACGGUAUUAUGAAAUUUUUUAAUGAAAAUUAAGCCUUUAAAAGAUGAUGAAUGAAUGUAAUUCAACAAAAAACACGUAAAAAAUGUAAAUAAAAGACAUUGUUUAUCA